ACUCUGACAGCGCCGAGGUGCGCCGAGCAGGGCCCGGGAACAAAGGAGCGGAGUGGGGAGGGGAGCGAGUUGGGCGAGGGAGAGCCCCCGGCCGGUUGCCAGAAAGUCCCGGCUGGAGGAAGCCCAAGUGUCACUUGAAUUCCACCCCAGGAGCAGGCGCCUGGGAUCCGUGCGCCUUGUUUAGCAAUAACGGCUGGAGCACGUCCUGUAAGUUACCGGAGAGUCGUCGGUGAAGGAGGACGAUCGCUUAAGCCUGUGGCCCGGCUCCUGGACCCUUGAAACCCCAGCCUCGCCACGCGCUGGGAGAGGAGUUCCAGAAUGAAAAGCAAGAAAGGUGGUGUUGCAGCCUCAGGCAGCGAGACUGAGGAUGAGGACAGCAUGGACGUUCCCCUAGAUCUUUCCUCUUCCGCCGGCUCAGGCAAGAGAAGGAGACGUGGCAAUCUGCCCAGGGAGUCUGUUCAGAUUCUGCGGGACUGGCUUUAUGAACACCGAUACAACGCCUAUCCCUCAGAGCAAGAAAAAGCAUUUCUGUCCCAGCAGACACACCUGUCCACGCUACAGGUCUGUAACUGGUUCAUCAACGCCCGCCGGAGGCUUCUCCCUGACAUGCUGAGAAAGGAUGGCAAAGAUCCCAAUCAGUUCACAAUUUCCCGCCGUGGGGCCAAGAUUUCUGAAACUAGCUCUAUGGAGACCACGAUGGGCAUCAAAAACUUCAUGCCAGCUCUAGAGGAGAGUCCAUUUCAUUCCUGCAUGGCUGGUCCCAGCCCAACUCUAGGGAGGCCGCUGUCUCCUAAGCCAUCAUCCCCAGGAUCAAUUUUGGCUCGCCCAUCAGUGAUCUGCCAUACGACUGUGACUGCAUUGAAAGACGGGCCUUUCUCUCUCUGCCAGUCGGUCGGUGUGGGACACAACACAGAUAUGCAGCAAAUAGCAGCCAGCAAUUUUACAGACACCUCUCUCAUGUACGCAGAGGAUACUUGUAAAUCUGGACCGAGUACAAACACACAAAGUGGCCUUUUCAACACUCCUCCCCCUACUCCACCAGACCUCAACCAGGAUUUCAGUGGAUUUCAGCUCUUAGUGGAUGUUGCACUCAAACGGGCUGCUGAAAUGGAACUUCAGGCCAAACUUGCAGCUUAACCCCUUCUCCCAGCAAAACAGCUCUGGAAAAAAAUAUUGUCAUGAUUGCCGGGGUGAUGACAAGAGAAGAAUUGCAUUAUUUUAUAUAUUUUUUUAAUAAUAUUUGCACAUGGGAUUGCUAAAAUGAAGCUUCCUGUUACUCAGACGUCUUCAGUGGAAUACAGUCAUUCCAAGAACUGUAAACUCAAGGCUACUGUAGAAACAAAGGGUUUUCUUUUGUAAAAUGUUUCUUGGUAGGUUAUUCAUAAUGUGAGCUAUUUCCCAAUAUCAUGUGAUUUUUUUUUUUUCCUCCCCUGUCCCUUUUUUGUUGGUGUUUUUCAGACUGUGCAAUACCUAGAGAACUGUAGCAUCUGUUCAUUCCUGAGUGAAACAGGAUGCUCACAUUACUGUCUUAAUUAAUAAAUUUUCAGUUUUUUUUCAAACAAGUAUGAAUCUAGUUGAUUGAUACCUUUUUCAUGAUGUAAUAAAGUAUUUUCUUUAAAA